AUGACGCCUCUUGAGGUGUUCAUUCAGAAGGCGUUGAUGUUUCUGCUACGGUGCACCGCCAUAUACCAGGAAUUGCAGCCGGAUAGGGCGACCAUCCAUGUGGUGACUAUGGACGGGGGGAAGGUGCAGAAGUUCCGCUACGAAUUGGACACGGCGACCGAGAGGUGAGUUUGAAGGGGUACACUGGCAGUCCGCCCGAGACGUCGUCGGGCUGAGCCUGCAUCGUGCGAAAGAAGUCAGAGUGAGCGACAUCCGAAAAGAGCCAUUUGCACUGUGCGAGCAGAGAGUGCGCAGUGCAAAGGGAACUUUCUCACCGUUCAUGUCGCCGGACUGAAAUCGAAAAUGAUUUUUUGCAUGUUUUGCUGCUUUCUGCAUUGUGCAAAUCGCUUUUUUUGGGCUGUCGCUCGCCCUCUGACUCUUUUGCACGGUGCAAACGUCAAAAAAUGUUGCCCGGAGUUGCUCGUCCACCCUCUGCGAACUGAAUGGCGGGCUGCGCCGGGAACCCGGCCCUUACCGCAAAUUUUUUUCAAGGAAAGUACUUUUAUGGGGGGCUCCUACUUUUCGACGGGACAUAUCUCAAAAAGUCCGAAAAAUUGUGCUGAUCAAGAAUAUACAGGGUGGGCCACUAAAACCUUCCGUCCUCUUUUUUUAGAUUUCUCCGCGGAGACUCCGCCGAUUUUCAUGAAAUUUAGAUUUUUCUGGAGCUGAGAUGCGCCAUUUUCAACCGAUUGAAUUUCAGGAAAAAAUAUUUUGAAUUGACUUUGCUAUGCCUUCCCAAAGUUUUUGAAAAUUAUUUUCCAGCCGAAACCGCUAAAACUUUGAAAAUUUUUGGAAUGAUUUUCAAUUGACUUUGUCGGACUUGGAAAAUUUCGCGCUUUUUUGGUAAAAUCGUGGAGUAAAAAGUUCCGUACGCUUUCUCUAAACUUUGUUUAAAGCAAGUUAAAAGCAAAAAAAGUGUUGUCUGUAUUACCGUUAGGGUAUGAAUGUUGAAAAAAAAAUUUUUUUCAACAAGAGUGAAAAAGUCCACAUUAAGGCUACAAGCCAUGGCUUGGCGCAUUGAGGCUUGGAGCCAGGCUCGAUUGAAGUUAAACCAUGCCCACGAUCCGCAAUUCGAGCUGUUCUUAAUUUUCAAAGCCCCUACAAGUUCGUGCUGCAAGAGGAGGUGGACACGCCAAACUCAGAUAGAAAUAUUAAUAAUCAAAUUGUUAAAUAAAUUAGUAUUUACAACAGUAUUUUGCGAAUAUAUGAGGCAAAACAAGUAAGAUUUCACCCAAAAACCCGAAAAAAUGAUCGAGUUUUCAAAAUCAUUCCAAAAAUUUCCUAAGUUUUUGCGGUUUCGGCUCGAAAAUAAUUUUCAAAAACUUUGGAAAGGCAUAGAAAGGUCAAUUCAGGAUAUUUUUUUUUCAAAUUCAACCGGUUGAAAAUGGCGCAUCUCAGCUCCAGAAAAAUCUAAAUUUCAUGAAAAUCGGCGGAGUCUCCGCGGAGAAAUCUAGAAAAAGAAGACGGAAGGUUUUAGUGGCCCACCCUGUACAAAAAUCAGAUGCCCAUUUUUGAGUUUAAGGGUCGAAAAUGCUCAAAAGCUGCCUAGAUUUGUCAGCAAAAGGCGCAGGCAUUGAAAAAAAGCCAAACGAUAAAAAGCGCGGUCGGUCUCUUCCGGAAGAGAACAGCGUGGAGUGGCUAGUGCCACAGUCUGGAAACCAAGAGGGGGAAUGCCGCACGGGUUCGAUUCCCCUUUUGGUCUGAAUCAACUUUUUUGAAGUUGAAGGUCUGAAAAAUAAACUUUUGUGCCAAGACUGAUUUAUUACGCCUCAAUAAAAAAACAUAAUUUUAAGCUAAAAUGAAGUUUGUAAACCUGUGAAAAUUAAGCGAAAAGGGGCUUAUAUAGGACUUUAAAUCAACUUACGAUGGAGUUUUCACCCCUAAAAACCUAAAAUGGACAGCUAAUAUUUACAUAUCCUUGAUCAGCGUGAUCAGACGAAUUUUUUGAACUGUAUGUCUCGUAGGAGCCCCCAUAAAAGUACUUUCCUUGUUAAAUGUUACUUUUUUUUAUAUUGUUAGUUACAACUUCGAGCUCAAAGAUUUCAACGACACAAUCACUGGGAUUCAAGUUCAAAUGGUGGAAGAUGGCGGAAAAUUGAUUCUGGCUGGUCAAGUGAACGCUGGUGAUAAGUCAGUCCUUUUUCCUUCAGCGAUUUAUCGUUUGAUGAAUUUUUAGCUGCCGGGGUUUUGUCGCUAAUGGAACUGAUCUGAAGCCGGAAGGCAGGUUUGAUAAUUGCGGCAGUGUGGUCACUUACAUGCUGGAGAAAAAGCUUUACUUUAUUCGAUGUAAAACUGGCGAGUCUCUUACACUUUCCUAUGUCACAAAUCUUGAAGGCAGCCCAUUAGCGGGUGAAGAAGUCGUUGACCAAGCUGCACUUCCCUGCCAGCGGGACCUUGCCGUGAGCGAACAGCAGAAGGUGUUCGCAUUUGACAAGUCAGGCUGUAAGCAAGUGGGCGCGGAUAUCAAGAAAUGGAAUGCCACUUCCCCUGCGGAUUGCGAAAAGAAGCAGAUUGUUUUGACUGAAGGAACGGAGUCAGAGCUGUACUCCUUGGUGAGUUAUAACAAUUCUUUCUAUGAUUAUUCACAUCCCUGAUUAGCCGGGACCGAUUUGGGAAAACGGAAACUGGGGGAGAAAGAUUUUUUUCGCUUUUUGGGCUAGCCGAAACCAUAGUUCGCCCAUCUUCACAAGAUCUACAGCUAUAGUCCCUUUCGGCCUGACAUGCCCUUAGUUGACGCAUCCAACAUUUGAGACGGAGGUUAGACGCCAUUUUAGAAAGAUUCCAAAUUUUAGGCCCUCUGCGGAGAUCUUUUCAAGGCCAAUCAAGUGCAUGGGUCGGUAAAAACGACUACUGGAGCGUUUGUAAGGGUGGAAGUAUGGUUUUGGAUAGCCAAAAAAGUGAAAAAAAAUAUUUUCCCUCCAAUUGCGGUUUUCCUCGAGAGGAACCCCUCGUCGAGAGGAACCCCUCGCGAGGGGUUCCUCUCGAUUUUUCCGAAUAUAGAGGAAAUUUGUCGAUGUAGGGGGUUUCGAAGGUCGAUGUAGGGGGUUUCGAGGGCGGGGAUUUCAAAAAUGAUGUUAAUUUUUUCUGAUUUUUACUUUUUUUCUUAACUAGUAGUGUUAAAAAGUAACUUUUUGAAAUUUUUCUAAAAAUACUGGAUAUAGGGGUUUUCGAGGGUGCUGAUUUCGAAAAUCAUGUUAACUUUCCUCUUUAUAGUACUGUCUGGUACUAUACAGUACAAGGUAAAAAUUUGGCCUUUAUGCGUUAGUGGUGUUGUUCUGUUGCUUAGUACUCCUAUUUUCACCUUGUACUACACAGGUGAAAAUAGUUCACCUCGUACCAGACAGUACUAAACAGUACCAGUUAUUUAAAACGUGUUUUUGAGGAGUGCUAAGCAUCAAAACAACACCAUUAACGCCAAAAGCCAUAUUUUCACCUCGUACUGUAUAGUACCACGUAGUACUAUAAAGAGGAAAGCUAACAUGAUUUUCGAAAUCAGCACCCUCGAAAACCCCUAUAUCCAGUAUUUUUAGAAAAAUUUCAAAAAGUUACUUUUUAACACUACUAGUUAAGAAAAAAAGUCAAAAUCAGAAAAAAUUAACAUCAUUUUCGAAAUCCCCGUCAUCGAUUACCUCUAUAUCCAACAUUUCCUACUCGGGGGUUCCUCUCGACGAGGGGUUCCUCUCAACGAGGGGUUCCUCUCGACGAGGGGUUCCUUUCGAUGGCAUUCUCCAAUUGCCGUUUGCAAUUGACGACUUUCCCUCCUUGCCAAAUUUCUUUUCUUUUCAGUACUACCUGUCGCUGGUCUUCCAGGAGGACUGCCCGUUGUACACGGCGCUCCUGGAAGAGCACAAGAGUGAGCUCAUGAACGCCUACGUGAAACUGGUCAAGACUUCGGCGGGUACUUCGACGUAAGUUUUCAAACAUUGCAUUUUGAGGCUCGACUUUCCGGGUCGACGAUUCUUUGAGUCGCCUCGCACGUCAAACUGAGAUAGGCUAGAACGGUGAAUAGGUUGGCAAUUCGCCGAAAAAGACGCGAAAAAACUUUUGGUCGGGGAAGAAAUGGGGAUUCUUUGGGGCGAGAGAGUAUGUUUUUGCGCGUCUUUUCUCUGACUUCUCUGUGAAACCAAGACGAAGUGCAAAAAAAACCGAUAGCGAAGAGUCUAUUCCGGUCAGCGAACUUCUCAGUUUGGCGUUCCUCGAUUUGCCGUUGUAUGCAUGGUUAGGAGAGGGCAACCAAAAUAACAAGAUUGAUCGAGUCGUAGGAGAGACCUAGCAGAUUCUGUGUUCACCCGAACUGUCGCAGACUCUGAACGCGUGUCUUUCUGGACCUUUAUUUUAAUUGUUCAAUGGUUUCAGCAUUGCAAACGAAACAACGGACAAUUUCUUUGAAAACAACCAGCCAGCAGUUUUUGGUUCCAGCGUUUGUGCUUUUGUGAUCUUUCUCAUCCUGGUGGGUGGUGUUCUCCUUUUCGCCUACGUAAGGUUUUCUACGUUUCUAAAUCGUAUUUCACACAAAUUCGCAACACACGCGCAACUUUUUUCAGAAAAAACGCAAACUACUGCCUGAAGAGGAAGACGAGGAGUAA